GAAACGAAAGAGCGCUGUAAUUAGCACCGCAGUCAUGUCUGUAUUGCAUUUCAAAGUAUAUAAGGGUCGAUGGGAUGAUGCCCUUCCACACGACAUCACGAAUCGACCAGCUAAUUUCUGAGCUUCCUCUUUAUUGCACACGUUUCCCUAGUUAUCACGAUGAUACCACCGAAGUUUCUUUCUUUCUCAUUUUUCGCCUGGGCGCCUUGACCCUUUCGCCAAAGACGGAAGUCCUCGCAGGAUGAUGGUAUCUCUCUUCACGCCUGUUGUUCGCUGUCGUCACAAGCACCUCGAGCCAUAUAUGCCGCCAGCAACUGCGGCAUUUCAGAACGACAAGUUCGCCGCCUAUGGUCUGCCGAAUGGGUCCUUCUCCGCUUUACAGCUCGAGGCUUGCAAUACAACAACCUUUGUCCCACGUUGUUCAUCGCCUGAGGAGCAUCCGCCACUCGUGCUAUUCUCCGGUGCUCUCGGCACUUCGCGAUUGAUUUACAGCAGUAUGCUACAAUCUGUCGCUGCAGCUGGGUACUCGGUGGUCUCGAUAGAUCACCCCUACGAUGCCGAUUUUGUCGAAUUUCCUGAAGGCACCACCGUCAAAGGAGCCGACAUCGACAGCGAUGCAGACAUCGAGCUGGCACUCGCCACACGCGUGAGGGAUAUCGCCUUCGUACACCGACAGCUGGGAAAUCAAUCCUUCGUCAAAGCAGUUUUACCAGAUUUUGACCGUGGGUAUGGAUACUCUGCCCGCAAGACAGCCAUGGUGGGACACUCACUUGGAGGCGCUGCAGCGGCAGCUGCAGUGUUGGCUAUCUCAUCUAUUCGCGGCGGCGUGAACCUUGAUGGAACCAUGUUCGGAUCGGUCAUCACAUCUGGUCUGAAACGACCUUUCAUGCUCAUGGGCCACGAAAAUAAGACGCAAGAAACGGAUCCGUCAUGGAAGGCGACUUGGACAAAGUUGACUGGGUGGAAGAGAGAGUUCGAGGUGGAGGGAGCUGCGCAUUAUAGUUUUUCGGACUUGCCGCUUGUCACUGAGGUACUUGGUCUGCAGGAAAACUUACCGCAGGAAGUUGGGCAGGUGUUGGGUACGAUUGAGGGUUGCAGGAUGUUGAACCUAACGGUGUCGUACGUUACGGCUUUCCUUGACUUUGUCUUGAAGGCUAAGCCUGAUGGUAAUUCGAACAAGAUUGCGAACUUCUCUGAGGUAACUUUGCGCGCCGAGUGACAAGGGAACUUUCUGGAUUCAUCCCAUUAGGAGCUCUCUGGGGAAAUAAGUAUAUCAAAGUAAUGGUAAUUGGCACAAG